CCUCCUUGGUUUUCGUGCGUCGUGGUACGGUGAUGUCUGUCGGAGCGCGCGGGUUCUCGGUGCGUAAAAUGUGCCAACUGCGCUUUUUCUUGUCCAUUUCCACACGUACUGCUCCUUUAGCCCCCAGAAAGGCGCUCGGUCCAGUAACAGGACACUAAUCUAUUUAUAACAUCCAGUUCAGCGGACAGGCUGAUGCCCAGAACAUGGACCCUCUCUACAAUAACACCGACUGUAACCCCGCGAACGGGACCAACGUCUCCGUGAACUGCAGCGACGGCUUCAACCAGUUCGUCCAGCCGGUGUGGCAGAUCACACUGUGGGCUGUCGCAUACUGCAGCAUCGUGGCGGUGUCCGUGGUCGGAAACAUGGUGGUCAUCUGGAUUAUUCUGGCGCAUAAACGCAUGAGGACCGUUACCAAUUACUUUCUGGUGAACCUGGCCGUUGCCGAGGCCUCCAUGUCAGCGUUCAACACGGUGAUCAACUUUGCCUACGCUGUUCACAACGAGUGGUACUUCGGCUUGGUUUACUGCCGCUUCCACAACUUCUUCCCCAUCGCAGCCAUAUUUGCCAGCAUUUACUCCAUGACGGCCAUCGCACUGGACAGGUACAUGGCUAUCAUCCACCCGCUGCAGCAGAGGCUGUCCUCCACACAGACCCGAGUAGUGAUUGCUGUGAUCUGGAUUCUGGCUCUGCUGCUAGCCUUCCCUCAGUACAACUACUCCUCUACAGCCCUGCUGCCUGGGCGCACUGUCUGCUACAUCGACUGGCCUGAAAACACCACUGUGGACUUCAAGAAGAUCUACUACGUGUGUGUGGCACUGCUGAUCUAUUUCUUGCCCCUUUGCAUCAUGGGAUGGGCGUACACGACAGUGGGUGUCACCCUCUGGGCAAGUGAGAUUCCCGGUGAUUCGUCUGAACACUACAAAGAGCAGCUUAUCGCUAAACGCAAGGUGGUGAAGAUGAUGAUCGUGGUGGUGUGUACAUUCGCUGUCUGCUGGCUGCCCUAUCACAUCUACUUCCUGUUGCACCAGUUCUUCCCUGAGCUAUUCGAGCAGCUCUACAUCCAGCAGGUGUACCUGGCCGUCAUGUGGCUGGCCAUGAGCUCCACCAUGUACAACCCCAUCAUCUACUACUGCCUCAACAGCAGGUUCAGAGCCGGUUUCCAGCAGGUGUUUUGUUGCUGUACUCCGGCUGCUGCCAAAGAGGAGCUGGAGCUCAAAUCACCACGAUACCUGCAGACACAGGUGAGCAUAUAUCGAGCCACUCGGAUAGAGACUGUUGUUUUCACGGCUGCUCAUCCUGCUACAGAAGAACAAACUGGAGCUGAGCUGCCGUCCCAUGCGGAGGUCACAUCCAACGGCUCGGGCUCAGAGACGCUUCCCAAGAACCCUCACAGUCUCUCACAGUAGUGAGAACAUCAUCCAGAGCAGCGUACUGGAAACCAAGUGCCGAUAUGUGGAUGGAGCCUGGUGCUGGUGCGGGAGUCUGGUGUGCACAGAUGGUGGAGAAAUCUACACUGCUUUUGGACAGAUUAAGUGCAUUAUUCAGCUGUGCCAUUUUAUUCUAACCACUUCACCACGUUGAUUCUGACAACCGAGGGAGGAUGAGGAAAGUCUGAAACUUUUUUUAACAGAAGCCGUAUGAACACAUCACUUCAUCACUCAGCACGUGUGCAGCUCGGACUCCUAACCUCCAGCAUUCUCAGGCUGGUUGUGGAAAACACGAGUGUCGUCUUCCCCUGAGAACGGUGUCACAUCAAGCUGCGACACUGUGUUUGCAUUGUGUGGAAACAGAAGGACAGCUCGUAGAGAGCGAUUCUGUGUGCAGAGCUCACACCUGUUUCCCAGGAUUAGCCCCUUGUUUUGACAAAGUGUGGAACCGGGUUCAGUGUGCAACAGCAGGGUCACAGGCCAGCUAAAUAUAGGAGCGGCAUGGGGAACAUGAGACACAUAUAGAAGGACGGAUAACGUGCUGAAGGAAAGAAAAGCAUAGGAAAACAUUAGAAGGUGAAAUGCAUGUCUGUUUGCACGCUGACGAUUGGGGGGAAGUGGCUCAUCACUGCUAUGGAAUGAUGCUAUUUCAGCCUCGCAGACAGCAGCUGCACAGAACCAGUCAAAGAAUGUCCACGUCCAGUUAAUUAGACUGUUACUCUGCUCCAAGUGUUUGUAGAGCUUCAAACAAACAUGUCAGGACCAAAUACUUUGAUGGCAUGUGUUUAAUAAAGGACAUCAUAUCAUUGAUUAGCAUAUCAAGAAAAUAUUAAUGUCAUUUUUUUGUUAGUUUCCAAAAUAAAGAAAUUAUAUCUUUA